UGUGGAGCGGGCUGCUCCGCCACGCCCCCGCAGGGCGGGGCCCGUCCCGCAUCCCCCUCCCCGGGCGGCGUUUCCAGCCGGAGCGUUUAUGCGGCGCGCGGGGAAGGGGCGCCGGGGCCGCCAUGUCGCGGCUGCACCAGAGCAGGAUCGCGGACUUCCAGGAGGUGCUCGGCGAACCCACGGUGGCUCUGAGCAAGCUCCGCGAGCUGUGCUUCAGCGGAAUUCCCUUUGAUGGUGGGCUGCGCUGCCUGUGCUGGAAGAUACUCCUGAACUACCUCCCUUUAGAGAAAGCCUUAUGGAGCUCUUUGCUGAAGAAACAGAGGGAUCUGUAUUCCCAGUUCCUGAAAGAAAUGAUUAUCCAGCCUGGGAUUGCCAAGGCCAACCUGGGUGUUUCCAGGGAAGAUGUGACCUUGGAGGAUCACCCUCUCAACCCAAACCCAGACAGUCGAUGGAACACCUACUUCAAGGAUAACGAAGUGCUCCUCCAGAUAGACAAAGAUGUCAGGAGGCUGUACCCUGACAUGGCGUUUUUCCAGCGCCCCACGGACUAUCCCUGCCUGCUGAUCCUGGACCCCCAGAACGAGUUUGAGACGCUGCGCCGGCGCGUGGAGCAAACCACGCUCAAGUCGCAGACGGUGGCACGGAACCGCAGCGGGGUGACAAAUGUGAGCUCCCCUCUUAAAAGCACCCCCAGCUCUCUGAGCGAGUACGAAGUUCUGCCCAACGGCUGCGAAGCUCACUGGGAAGUGGUGGAGAGGAUCCUGUUCAUCUAUGCCAAGCUGAACCCUGGGAUAGCCUAUGUCCAGGGCAUGAAUGAAAUUGUGGGGCCUCUUUACUACACCUUUGCUACAGACCCUAACAGUGAAUGGAAAGAACAUGCUGAAGCAGACACAUUUUUCUGCUUUACCAAUCUCAUGGCUGAAAUUCGGGACAACUUCAUUAAGAGCCUGGAUGAUUCUCAGUGUGGUAUUACCUACAAAAUGGAGAAGGUGUACUCCACCCUGAAGGAAAAAGAUGUGGAGCUGUAUUUGAAACUGCAAGAACAGAACAUCAAACCCCAGUUCUUUGCCUUCCGCUGGCUGACGUUGCUCUUGUCCCAAGAGUUCCUGCUGCCAGAUGUCAUCCGCAUCUGGGACUCGCUCUUCGCUGACGACAAGCGCUUCGACUUCCUGCUGCUCGUCUGCUGUGCCAUGCUGACACUCAUCCGGGAUCAGUUGCUGGAAGGAGACUUCACUCUGAACAUGAGGCUGCUCCAGGAUUAUCCCAUCUCUGAUGUUCAUCUGAUUUUGAAGAAGGCAAAGGAACUUCAAGAUUCCAAAUAGUCCAUGGGCCUAACAAAAGGUAUCAGAGAACUGUGUGGCAGUGGAUCCUGGGAGAUGGCCCCUUGCAGUGUGGUGCACUAAAGCUCCUACUGGUCUCUGCAAGACUUCAGGUUUUGUUAGAACUACUGGCCACCUUGAAGACUUCUACUCUAUUUAUUAGGUCAAGGACUGAUUACUUCCCUAUCUACUUGGGUCCUGCACUCCAGAUUUUUCCACAUCUCAAAAGCCUCUUUGCUGCCAAAAGCAGUUCUUUGUAUCUUUUUUUAAUGACUUUGAGUUUGGGGAGAAAGAAACCUUCUGUCUGCAUAUCCCUGAAGGGAUGGACUCCUGUAUCGUGGAAGUAACACAUGGAGUAACUUCUGAUGGGGAAAGGACAGACUUAAUUCCAGGGAAUUUUGGUGGGUGAGGAUAGAAGGAUCUUCCUCCUGUGAAUAGAAUGUAUUCCAGUGAAGUCACACAUUCUGCCAUUCAAGUGGAUUCUGGAUUCUCCUCUCUCAUGUCUGCACUUGGCCAUCCCUGAGGUGUGUGAGGAAGAAGAAGAAGAUUGCAUCACUUUGGUGAAGGUCACCUGGCAGUUUGCACUCCUUUGACUGGGAAAGAGACUUGGGAAGCUGAGGUGGGAGGACACAGUGACAGCUGCUGGCUUUGUGCACCCAAACUGCCUGAAUCCAGAACUGCCUUAUCAACGAGGUGUCCUUGAAAGUAACAUUGUGGUGGUUUUAACCCCCCUCUGAAGUGUAGUUCCAAGUCAAGCCUUACUACACACAGCCUUAGAGCAGGGAGGCCUCAUGCUGCUCUGAACUGGAGCAUAUCCAGCUACAAUCAGGAUUCUGAAACACAAGAAAUGGACACCUAAUCAUGUGCAAUGAAGACAGAUUAUUUAGGGAUUUAUACAGGCACACAACUGGAGUUUUCUGCCUCAGUGGCUUAAAUAAUACUACUCUCUUUAAGGUCUGGUCACAGUAACCUUGCUAUUGUCUCACAGUACUCCUUGCCAGGAAGAGACAGUUCUGAUCUGCAAUAAGAGUCCUUCUCUAGCACAAUCCAGCCGGCACAGAGACAUCUGUCAUGAGCUGGCUGCUGGGGCUGAUCCACUGUUCUGUCCUGGUCCUUCUGGAGUCACAGCCCUGAGCUGGACACUUGUUCCUCCUGAGAGGGAAACUGCUGCACCUCAGAUAUGGUCCAAUGGGCUCAGGUGAACAGGGACUGAGACAAACCACAGGGAGAACUGCUGCCCUGCACAGUGCUGAGCUGAGCAGAAACCCUGAUCCUCAGAGAGAGAAACUGCCAGCACCCAGGUGCUUGUGUGGUGCAGAAGCUCUUGAGUGAACACUAAUCCAAAAUGCUUUUCCCUUUCUUUCUGUGCUGUGCUGGCUCACCUCUGCUGUUGGACACUGCAGCCUUUGGUGUUCAUGGGUGUUGAUUUGUUAAAGGUCAGUCAGUCUUUGUAAGAUCUGCUUAAGCUGCUGCUGGCCUAGACUUGCCCUAGCAGGAGGGAUGCUGGCAGCCUUCAGCUUUUUUUCCUGGUGUUAUUUCCUUCACUGAAGGCCUUCACAGGCUGCUGUAAUUCUCACCAAGGUGUGUGGGGAGAUGGGAGGACAGGUUGGUGCACGUUCCCAUGUUCUUAUUGGCAAUCCCAGGCACUCUUUGCCUCUUGAGGAGAUGCUCAAGUACCACUUGUGCAGCCAUGUGUUACUGCUGUGGUGCAAGAGCAAUUUAAGGUUUAAAGCAAUCUGUAAUUAAUACCUGUGGCAACAGU